UUGAAAAUUUUCAAAAAAAAAAAAAAAACAUAAAAAUAUAAAAGAAAAUAAAUUUGUAAGAAAAAAAAACAUAAUUUAUAUGACGGGUGAAAAGUUUUAAGUGAAACGAUAAAAUCCAAUAAGUUCGCCAAAUAAGAAACUUUCCAAAGAUUGCAAUGAUGGAGAAACCAAAUCGACCACAACGCAAUCGUCGUCACAGUAGACGUGCCUGGCCACCAGAAGAUGAUCUUCAUUAUCCACGGGCAGCCAAACGUCUGUUUACCCCAGAAAUCAAACGUAUGCUCAAAGAAUGGUUAGUUCGAAGACGUGAAAAUCCCUACCCCAGUAGAGAUGAGAAAAAACGCUUGGCCAUUGAUACUGGCCUGACGUACACACAGAUCUGCAAUUGGUUUGCCAAUUGGCGUCGAAAACUUAAAAAUGCCGAAAGAGAAAAAUCAAAAAAAUCCUGGGGUCAUCUGAUAAAAAACUACAAUACAAAUGCCAAAGGUAAUGUCGAACAAUUUAGUAUAUCAUCUGAGGAUAGUAUAUGGGAGGAGGAAGAACAGCAGUAUAGACGUCAUCAUCAUCAUCGUAGUGAUAAUGAGAAUGAAGAUGAUGAUUUAGAUUCAAUGUGUGAUAUAGAUGGAUCGAGUGGAGGUUCCACAGACACCACCGAGCGUAAUGGUACGGGGAGCAGUACAAUAAGUAGUGGUUUUGGAGGCGAGGAAGGAGGCAUUCACAUGACGGGAGUUAAUCAUAAAACGAAUAUCUAUAACAUAAAUAAUGCAAUGGCUCUACACAAGGAUCCCAGUGAAUUAUUUAUAGGACGGGAGGUUGAUGUCCUUACAACCAAUGCCAGUUGUCAAAUAACACAGAGUGCAGCCAAUGUGGGAACCAAAACAAAAUACAAACAAAAAAUGAUGGAAAAAUAUUUAAGAGAUACCUAUGAUACCAAUAGUACACCCAUUAAUUCCACCAUGGUCCAUAUUGGGUUUAAUGACCAACAAACAUCGACAGACAAUCCUCAACAUGCCACCGCCACUGUAUAUUGUAAUGGGUCGAAUACAACAAUUAUCAAAUCGGGGGCCGAGUUAUCCAAGUGGUUGGAAAGUGCAGCGAAAUUUACACCAAAUAAAAAUAACUAUUUCAUAGAGUGGAAUAGUAAAAGAAAUAAAAAUGACAAAAAACCUCUAUUGGUGACAACGACAACAAAAUCAUUUCCAGUAUCAAAUCCAAACAAUGGCGACGCGCAACAGACCUCGGUUACAGUUGUUCCAAUUUUAUAUUCCACAACACCAGCCACAGUACAAAUAACAAAUUCACCAAAUACAACAAAUUCUCAUCUUCAGCAGCAGCAGCUGGAAAACGAACAUAUUUACAAUUCCAUACAUCACAAAGAUGAACUGGAUGCUGCUGAGGCAUUAGCAAAUUUGGCCUUUAAUUGUCGACAACGUAUGUUGGAUGCAAAUGUUACGGCGGGUUGUACAUUUCAACGACCCCUAAAUGCAAUAAGUUCCUAAACAUGCACACAGACACACACACACACACACUUGUUCAAUCAAAAAGUCACCCAAAAAAGCAUUUAGAUUUAAUGGAAAUGAAAUGGAUACAAAACCAAAAGUACUUCUAUUGUAACAAUUACCAAACAAACUACUUCGAUUACAAGACAAAAGCAUUCCAGCACUGUGGUUUCUUUUUGAAUAAAGUGCGGAAGACAUACUUACAUACAUACUACUUAUACAAAAUCUCACUCUCUGUAUAUUUAAAGUGCAGUUUUAAAGAAAACAAAAAAAAAAUUCUAUUUUAAUUGUUGAAUAAAUUUUUAAGACAAAUGUUUAAAUCAAA